AUGAAGGAGUUUAAGGCAUUCACACGUUACCCCACGCGGCGACGGCAGCGCCGCAACAUCAUUCGAGUGGCUGUUGUCCUAGCCGUAUUAUUCUGCCUGUACGAGAUAUCCGGAAACCGCGAGGAGAAGAAGCCUGGGCAACCAGACGUCAUCGAAUCUGACAAUGAGACAACCGCCAUAGAUGCGCCGAAUGCGAGUGCGUUGCCCAAAAUCACCCUCUACGAGGAACGUACCGCGCUCUGGGGCUACACUGGCAGUAUCGACAGCCUCAUAGAGAAGCGCGUGUCACCGAAUGCGUUUGGACCCGCGAUGAUGCGUAGCCACGAGGGGACGCUGGACGAGUGGACCGUCACGAACGUCACCUGCGCACGCCUUAAACAGUUGGGGGUGACCGAGGAAGAGAUGAGGCGUCGUUACACACGACACAGAUUAGUGAAGGAGGCGACUGGAUGUGAUACGCUCUCCGUGCCGUUCAAUCCUCGGCGUGAUAAGCGUUGCGUUGAGUUCAUGACGAACAUCUCCAACUGGCAGGAGCUGGUGCCCAUUGCGCAGUCGGAGGACCAGCGAACAAUUAAAUUCGGCAUCAUUUUCAAACCCCUCCACGUAACUCUGGAGAAGGGUAAAACCAAUAACGAUAGUACAAUCAUCAUUCAGCGUCCAGUGGAGACAAUGGUGAAGGUGCCGCAACUUCCGUUUCCGUCAGAGGCAGUUGGUGAGGUGGCGGCGUUCCAUGCCGAUCGCAUUCUCUUGACACACCGCGUGCCCCCGACCGGUUGGGCGUGUAUGCCGUUGCACAUGAUUGAGACCUGUGUGGCGGAGUACAAGGACCGUGCGGUAACCGCGGCGGUAUUCCUUCGCAUGUCAGGAGUCAGCAACUACGAGGAGUGGGUGAAGAAGGACCUCUUGGACUAUGCGAAGCAUCAACACCUCGUGGAGAGAAACAGUGGUGGCGAUGAAUGCAUUGGUGUUUCAGUCCAACUAAAGAUAGCUGAUGUCGGACACUUUUUGUCAAGUGCGAUGCGAAUACCCUACGAGUCCCAUAGAGACACCUGGCAUGUAUACUUUAACUUGGAGAAUAUGAUUGCAGAUAAGGGGAUAAAUUUCAUGGACGAGCCGUCUUUUCUUGGCGUCCUGCAUUUGGCGGAGAUAAACAUGUUUGACUACAUCAUUGGAAAUAUGGAUCGCUCGCCGAACAAGAAUAAUUUUGUCGUGGGUGGUACACGCCUAGACUUGACGUUGGACAGCACAUUCAUGCUGCACCCAAAUCAGCCUUCGUUCAUCUACCUUGACCAUGGUAUGGCGUUUUACCGCAGGCGCCCGCGGCGGAACCCAAUUACGAAGUCCCACGAGUCAUUAAAAAAGAGCGGAUCGGACACCUUCUGUCUCUUCCGAGGUCCGUUGCUGCGCCGCAUCCGUGAUCUAAUGCAGCCCAUUGGCGGCCCAAAGAAAGAGACCGUGUUCAGCUUGAGAAUGAAAAAACGUCUUCCAAGGAGAGUGUAUAGCACCAUUGGCGGUGAUGGUCUGCGCUAUUGCUCGAUGCGGGGUAGGGAAUUGCUGGCGAUGGCGGAGCGUUGCUUGACGAAUGAACGUAUACGACCCUACGUGUUAUUUCCAUGA